GGGUGUGUGGUAUAUUUCGAUGAUUCACUACGUUCACACUGCGCACAAUUGAAUUCUGUGGCUAUCGGUACGGAAGUAAUUUUAGUUCGUUUUAAAUAUGCUCUUGUUAUGAAUAACACAAGUUGAGCAAAUUAAAAGACGGCAGUUCCCAGCAGCGCGAUUUGUUGUUUUGGCUCGGUGCUGCAGUGCAAUGAACCCCGAGCCGAACACAGCCCAGAAAUUGUGAAUCCAAUGGGCAGUAAUUACCCCGCUUGAAAAGAGUAUGAUAAAGACGGCGACGGUGAUGACGAUGAUGAUGAUGAGAUGAUGUUGAUGAUGAUGAUGAUAUGAUGACUCUUCGGGUCGUCGAUUCUCUAUUCCAAUUUGUUUUGUGAGAUUACCAGCACCGAUAUGGCGAAGAAAAUGAUUUCACGUUUAGCACGGAAAAUCCUACACAGUCACAAAAGUUAACGUUUCUCCUCAGUUAAACGCACUCUUAUCGUUGCUAUAUGUGGCUUUUAUUAAAUCGAAUUCCACUCGAAGUUAAAUAUAGACUAAGACUCGCAUUUGCUGAACAGAGAUCAUAAGCCAAACAAUGGCGGACCUAAUACAUUUGGGAAACAUUGAUGUUGUCAUCCAGAAAGAUAAGCCCGGAUCGCCAACGGGCUGUUCGGAUGAUGGGAACCUUGCGGGUCUGGGUGGCAUGACCGGAUUGGGCGGCAUAAUGGCACCCGGCGGCAUCGACUUGGGUGACUUGGCUCAGGAAUUGGACCACGACGAAUUCGAUGGACCCCAUAUGCUGAAUGGUGAACGUCCAGCGAUUAUUGCUCCUCCGGAAAGCGAAUGGUACCAUGGACGACUCGAUCGCUACUCUGCAGAGUCUCGUCUACGCGGAAGCAGUAAACUGGGCAGCUAUUUAGUUCGCGAAAGUGACCGCAAACCGGGCUCCUAUGUUCUUAGUUAUUAUGGCCGCACCGGCAUAAAUCAUUUUCGGAUUACAGCCGUGUGCGGAGACUUCUAUAUCGGUGGACGACAAUUCAUUUCCUUAAGCGACUUGGUUGGUUACUAUACCUCAUGUAGUGAUCUACUGAAACGCGAACGCUUGGCCAUACCAGUUGCUCCGCCGGAGCCAGUUAAUGAUAAGAAACGCGUCGUAGCCAUCCUGCCUUACACAAAAAUGCCAGAGACCGAUGAACUGAGUUUCCAGAAAGGUGAUAUCUUUUUUGUACACAAUGACAUGGGCGAUGGCUGGUUGUGGGUAACUGCCCAUCGUACGGGCGAGCAGGGAAUGAUAUUCAGAGAACUUGUUGACGAUCUGGAUGUAUCAAUCGAUCCAAAUACGGUGUUCCCCUGGUUCCAUCCCAACUGCACCAAAAACGAAGCCGUCGAUAUGUUGGUUAAAGCUGGACCAGGCAGUUUCCUUGUUCGCCCAAGUGACAACUCACCGGGGGAUUACUCUCUCUUCUUUCAUAUAAACAAUCAAAUCCAACGCUUUCGUAUUGAGAAGAAGGGCGUGCGCUAUUUAAUGGGCGGUCGUACAUUCGAAUGCUUGGAUGCGGUUAUAAAUCGAUAUCGCAAAGAGCAAAUUGUGGAGGGCCACUCACUGAACCAUCCAGUUGUCAAUGGCAUUCAGCCCGAGUUCAAUCAGCAAUAUGUUGUGGAGAAGGCCGCUGAAAAGAUCUACGCAACAUUGCGCGAGUGCCGUGACCAAAUCGGUCUCAAGAAGAUCAAGGGUAUCAAACAUCACGGCCACUUGAACAAGAAGUCGGACAAAACGACGAAAUGGAAGCAACUCUACUUCGCUUUAAUCAACGAUGGUUCCGAGACGCAACUAUGCUUCUACGACAAUCCGAAGAAGACCAAGCCGAAGGGUCUGAUCGAUUUGUCCUGUGCUUACCUCUAUCAAUGUCACGAUUCGCUGUGGGAGCGUCCCUAUUGCUUCCAAAUUGUCGAAAGGGCCCUGCCAUGCUUGGCCACCGUGACGUAUCUGUGUGCUCCUAGUCAGGAAAGCUACGUGGAGUGGAUUAAUUCGCUCAAGGCACAAUGCGAUUCCCAGCUGAGUCGUGCCCAGAAGAAGGUAUCACGCCUUCGUGAGCUUCGUUGUCUUAACCUGCAUGUGCUGGAAGCUCAUCGGUUACCAUUUAAACUAGUGCCACAUCCAUACUGCAGUAUUUCCCUCAAUCAAGUCAAAGUGGGCAAAACUCGUGUCAAAAUUGCACCCGAACCCGUUUGGGAGGAGGAGUUUGUGCUAGACGAUGUUCCGCCAGAUGUUGUCUCCCUAACCAUUACACUAAUAUCGCGCGGCAAACGCGGUAAAGAUUCGGAAGUGGCCGAGCUAACCAUUGACUUGUCUAGUCUGAAGAAUGGCCAGGAAACCGAGGGCUGGUACCAACUAACUGGCAUGACACCGAUGGGUGAAUGGGGCUCGCUGCGAUUGCGUAUGCGCUAUCUCGACGAUCUGAUAAUGCCGUGUGAAGAGUACAGUCCUCUGCAGCAAUUGCUCCUCGAAUCGGAGCUGUAUGCUGUGAAGGCGCUGGCUGAAUUGUGCCAUAAUGAUCGUGUUCCUUUGGCCACGGCUCUGUUGCGAGUCUUUCGGCAGGAGAAACGGGAAACGGAACUGAUUCGAAUGCUGUGCCAGGCGGAGGUGACGCGCGAAAACGAAACCACAACGCUGUUCCGUGGCGCUUCCUUGGCCACCACCCUAAUGGAUCUAUAUAUGCGCACCGAGUGCAGCGGCUUCCUGCAGUCGGCCGUUAGCGAAACCGUGCAGCGCAUUUUGGAGAGCAAGCAGUCGGCUGAAUUGAAUCCCACGAAAAUGGACGUCAACGAUGAUGCCUGUACGAAUGCAGAGUUUCUAUUGCAAAUCCUCGAUCUGGUCACCCAGUCGAUAUUCACUUCACCGGACGCCUGUCCACGCAACGUGCGUUUCAUUUGCAGCUGUCUUCAGAAGGCUGUGAUGGCCAAAUGGCCGACAGAGCGGCUCGUUCGCACACGCGUCGUCUCUGGCUUUAUAUUCUUGCGCCUUCUGUGCCCAGCGCUGCUCAAUCCACGCCAAUUUGGAUUGGUCAGCGAGACGCCACCGAUGGCAGCAACACGAUCUUUGGUCAUGGUCGCCAAGUGUCUGCAGAAUCUGGCCAACUUGAUUGAAUUCGGCGGCAAGGAACAAUACAUGGAGGUUGUCAAUCCGUUUAUCUUGAAGAACAAGGAGCGCAUGAUUGUUUUCUUGGAUCAACUGUCCUCGGUGAACGAUCCGAACCAACCGCUUGGAAUGUUUGUCGAACAAAGUACAAAUCUGAAUUCACAAGACACUGGACGCGAGCUGGCUACCUUGCAUCACAUCUGUGUAUCUCAUUCGCAAGAACUGCACGAGCUAUCCAACAUACUUUCAAUUAAGAAGCUGGUCACUGUGACGGACAUGCUGACCAAGCACAAGCUGAAGUACCGCGAGAUGAUCAGCUAAAAUCAAUUGCGAGGAGAGCGGAUAAUAAAAAAAAGAGCGAUGUCUUCUUAUCUACAAGUCCCUUCAUACCUUUUUAUAAAAAUAUUUAUAUGUGUAUACUAUUAGAAUACAUAAAAUAAGAACUCAUAAUAACUGGUUGAAUUGUAUUGGAAUAGUAAACAGAAGAAUAUCAUUUAUAAAAUUAUUUAUAUGGAGAUGAAAUAAUAUUUAACAGACCGGUAUGCAUUUAUUUAUUAUUAUUAUUACAAAUUAAUAAUAACCUAUAAUACACUAGCUUACACGGAUUACUCCGUAUAGCCGCAAACUCA